GACGUACGGAUCUCGCUUGCCAGUUGGUCCAGGGGCUCGUGAGUGUAGCUCUCUCCGUCCUGCCGCAUAUAAAGGCGGUCAACGGUCGGAGACCUCCGCGUUAAGGCAACUCCAAAGGAGACCGUCAGGUUAUUUUAUUCCCGCAGACAUUUCAGUUCCCGCUUCCUUCUCACCACCCGCCUCCGUGUCCCGUCACAGACUGGCGAGAAAAGAGGGGGGUCCAUCACGGAGUGACCAGCAUGGACCCCCAAGCGAAGAGCCGCACUGGUCCGGCGGCGAUGGCGGCGGGAGGGAGCUUCGGCGGUCGCCCGGCCUCUCUCGGAGCCGACGGGGGUGACUCAGAGUCCGGAGCGGGCUCCGAGGAGGCUGCCAUGGGCUGCAGCGACACAUUCAGCAGUCUGCCGGACAUGGAACAGGAGUCUCUGGAGGAGAAAUUACGCGGACUGGCGUUCAGAAAGCAGACCUCGUAUCGGAAAGCCAUCUCCAGAUCAGGUCUCCAUUACCUCGGCCCGCCUCAGCCUUCGCUCCCUCCAGCAUCCAACGGACCAAACAAGGAUCUACGAACCUGCGUGGACUGGACGGAAAACGCAGGGAACGGAGAUCACUUGUGGAUGGAGACGAGUUGUUCAGGAGAGCUGUGCUACCUCGGGGAGGAUGCGUGUCUCCUGAAGACUGCGAAGUCGGCCCCCAGGAGGAAAUGCGCCGCCUGCAAAAUCGUAGUCCACACCGGCUGCAUAGAGCAGCUAGAAAAGAUUAACUUCAGAUGCAAGCCGACCUUCAGGGAGGGGGGGUCCCGAUGCCUCAGAGACAACGUACUGAGACACCACUGGGUCCACAGGCGGCGGCAGGAGGGGAAAUGUAAACAGUGUGGGAAGAGUUUUCAGCAGAAGUUCUUCCACAGCAAAGAAAUAAUCUCCAUCAGUUGUUCUUGGUGUAAACAGGCGUUCCACAACAAGGUGACGUGCUUCAUGCUGCACCAGAUCGAGGAGCCGUGUUCGCUGGGGGCCCACGCCGGAGUCAUCGUCCCUCCCUCCUGGAUCAUCAAAGUCAGGAAGCCACAGAGCUCGCUGAAGAACUCGGCCAGGAGGAAAAAACGGACGUCUUUCAAACGAAGGGCGAGCAAGAAAGGCCUGGAUGACUCUAAAUGGCGUCCGUUCAUAUUGAAACCGCUUCCUUCUCCUCUCAUGAAACCCGUCUUGGUUUUUGUCAAUCCCAAGAGCGGAGGCAACCAGGGUGCCAAGCUGUUGCACAUGUUCAUGUGGAUCUUAAACCCCAGACAAGUGUUCGACUUGUCACAAGGUGGACUAAGAGAAGCGUUGGAAUUGUAUCGCAAAGUGCCAAACCUGCGGAUCCUGGCCUGCGGUGGAGACGGCACAGUGGGGUGGAUCCUCUCCGCUCUCGAUGAGCUGCAGAUGAAUCCCCAGCCUCCGGUCGCUGUACUUCCUCUGGGAACAGGAAAUGACCUCGCCAGGACGCUCAACUGGGGCGGGGGUUACACAGACGAGCCCGUGUCGAAGGUUUUGUGUCACGUUGAGGACGGUUCGGUGGUGCAGCUCGACAGGUGGAACCUGCUGGUGGAGAAAACUGCGGUCCAGCCAGAAGAAGGCACUCAGAAGCUUCCUCUGAAUGUUUUCAACAACUACUUCAGCCUCGGCUUCGAUGCUCAUGUCACGCUGGAGUUCCACGAGUCCAGAGAGGCCAACCCGGAGAAAUUUAACAGUCGCUUCCGCAACAAGAUGUUCUAUGCUGGCGCUGCAUUCUCAGAUUUCCUCCAGAGAAGCUCCAGGGACUUGUCGAAGCACGUCAGAGUGGUGUGCGAUGGAACGGAUCUAACGCCCAAAAUCCAGGAGCUCAAGUUUCAGUGCAUCGUGUUUUUAAACAUUCCCAGGUACUGCGCUGGCACCAUGCCGUGGGGAAACACCGGAGACCACCGAGACUUUGAACCGCAGCGCCACGACGACGGCUGCAUCGAGGUCAUCGGCUUUACCAUGGCCUCUCUGGCGGCGCUACAGGUCGGCGGUCACGGUGAGAGGCUUCACCAGUGCAGAGAAGUCGUUCUCACCACUUACAAGACUGUACCUGUUCAGGUGGACGGCGAGCCGUGCCGACUGGCUCCUUCCACUCUGCGCAUCUCCCUGCGAAAUCAGGCCAACAUGGUCCAGAAGAGCAAGAGACGCACGUCGGUGCCGCUGCUCAACGAUAUUCAGAAGGUGUGUGCAGCUGAUCUGCGCCGCCUCUCUGCUCCCCCCGACUCCUUCUCUGUCCCUCAUGCGGUUCCGGACCGUCUGCGGCUGCGGGUGAACCGGAUCAGCCUGCAGGAGUACGACAGGCUUCAGUACGACAAGGAGCGACUGCGAGACAUCUCAAUCCCAGUAGGCAUUGUGGUUGUGAGGGGCGACUGUGACCUGGAGACCUGCAGACUUUACAUCGACAGAUUACAAGAGGAUUUACACCAGGCGCCAUCUACUGGCCACAGAGUGCACUACCAGGAUGAAAUCAGAGGCGUCCCCAUAACCAGUUCAACCAGUAGGCUGUCUCCUAACUGGAGCUUCCUGGACUCGACAUCAGCUGAUCGUUUCUAUCGCAUUGACAAAGCUCAGGAGCAUCUUCACUUCGUGACAGAAAUAUGUCAGGACGAGGUUUUCAUCCUGGACCAUGAGGGACCAGUGGGGAGCCAGGCGUCGUCGGCUGGGAUGCCAGAUCUGGUGGUUGAACCUGCUGCAGGGGCUCCUCUGACACCUGAUGAACAAGCUCUUCUAACUGCUGCCAGUACUGGAAAUCUUCUACUGCUGACGGAUAGCGUACGUCGAGGAGUCAGCUUGUUGGUGAGAGACUCCGGCGGUUGUUCUGCUUUACAUCUAGCUGCCCAGAAUGGACACACAGAUCUGGUCAGCUUCAUCCUGCAGCAAGGUUCAAAAGUUCUCCUGGAUUUAACCGACAGAGACAAGGGGGAGACCGCCUUGCACAAAGCCGCCUCAGAGAAGCAGCAUGCAGUGUGUCGGAUGUUGGUGGAGGCCGGCGCUUCGCUGGGGAAGACAAACUUCCAGGGGAAGACGGCGGUGGACCAAGCAGCAGGAGACUCUGAGCUCGCCGUCUUCCUGAGCUCCCAGCAGCAGACGUCAUCCGGCACCAACGAAGACCUGGAGACGGCCGUCUGAGGCGCUGACGCUCCGUCGCUCUCUCCCGCCGGACUCUGGACUCUGCACCGGCCCGGAGCAGAGAGGAACCGGGAGGGAAGUGCCACACCUGUGCCAGAUUUCACUCCGCAGGUGCAGAGGAGAACCAGGAAACGAACUGCCUCCGAACGCGGCAGCAUUGCAGCAGAGAUUUUAACGCUCGACUAUUUAUUUAUAUUUAUUUAUUCUAUUUAUUGGUUGUGCUGGUUGAUUAACUUUUAACAAUUGCAAGUGCAAUUCGUCUUGUAAUGGAGUUGUUUUGGUCAUAUUUUGCAACUAUAUUAAGUCUGGAAAAUGAUCAGGAUUGCGAUCAAAGCAGAAUAUUUAUCCCAUAAACCUGUGUGCCAAAGACAUUACACUGUUGUGGUGUCAUAUCUAAUCCAAAUAACCACCGUUUCAUGAAUCCAGGUUGGAUUUCCAGGUGAACUCAAACCUGUCUGUCACAUGCUGCUGUUUUCGCCCGAUGAGUCACAGCUCAUUAUGACUCAAGUACAGAAACCAAACUGCAGCUCUCUAUUUCUCCCAAACAAAGAUCUUCUAGGAAACAACGGACAGGGUUAUCAGAGAAGGUUUUUAAAAAAUGUUUUAAACAAAAGCGUGCUGUAGGAUUUACCCUUCUCCUUUAAAUACGAGUCAAAACAGCCAAAGUGGAGGUCACAUGUUUGAUGUGAAACAAUUACCACAAAUCUUCUCUGAAGCAAAACAACAAACUAAAAAAACUGAAUGUAGCUCAUCUGUACAUCAGGUUUCAUUUUGCGUUGGUCGUCCUGUUCGUGCCGUCCGUCCGGUCUGGAGUCAAACCAACAUCAUCAACACGACUGAACUUGUUUGUUUUACGAACACAUUGACCUUUCACCCAGUUGUGUACAUGGAGACAUUAAUAAGCUGAUCUCGUCUGUGACGUUAUAAACAGAAAUCAUCCACAUGUACAGACACCCCUGGUAAAAUGCUGAGAAAACCUUUAGAAAAAUGUAUCUUUUAUUGCAGCAGCUUCAUUUUGCUCUGGAAAAAACCUUAAAUUCACAAAUUUAUUCAUUUUUCAUUAGGUCUGCAGACAUAUAAAAGCUGAUUUUUGUCCAUUUUAGUGUUUAUUUGGCAAUAAGUUUGGAUCAUUAUGCUACUAAGACACCCAGAAAUAAACCGUUUUCAUGUUUUCCGGCUGAGUUUUAUUUAAAAAUGACCUCAUGUUUAAAUAAUUUGUGUUUCUUGGGGCUUUAAGGAGAGAAACACUCUCUUUGUUUAAUUAACUGUACACAUUAGGUGGUUUUUUUUCCACAUAUUGAACAUUUAUUUUACAUUUCAGGUAAAAUCCUGAUAGAGUUUAGCAAACUGUAAAUGUCUCUUUUUGUGAUUAUGAUUUCCAAACCAGUGGAAAUCACUCCCUGCAUGGAGUCAAGAUAAAUGUUUUGUUUGUUGAGGUCAGGCUGCUCUGUGCUUCUGGCGCAUGACUUACUGUAGAUUUGGACCAAGUUAAAAGCAUAAUUGUGUUUUUAUAACCAUGUCCUGACUUACAAAGAGCCACAAACGUCUGAAUCUCUGAUUUAUUAAACCUUAGAGAAACUGCAAGUCAGGGAUUAAUAAACACAAGCUUUUAUGCAUCCUAAAUGUAUACUACUCCUACUGCAAUAAAAGAUAAACGUUAUUAAAGGUUAUUUUUAGACUUUUGUACUGCGGGUGUCUGUAGGUGUUGAUUACAGCUUGAACUUUUGGACCACUAAUGCAAAAUUAAUCCCUUUUUUGCCUGAAAUGUAAAUAUUCUAAAGUGUUGCUUGUUUUUUAACACAUUUUUUAAAAACUGAAAUAUAUUAGCUGUUCUGUUUCAACAAAACCCAUUCCUUAGGGUCAAAUUCACUAUUUUCUUAGCAAAUCGUCAUUGAUUUAUUUACCUGUCAGGGUAGAAAGGUGAGGAUAUGGCAGGCUGUUUUAACAUAAAAUCAGUUUCAAUACACUUAUAUUUCAAAUAUCUGAAGUUGGUUUAGGAUUAGAUGUAUUAGUAAAUACUUUCUGGCUAGUAUAAAUUGUGUUAUUGAUUUGUAAGGAAGCUUUAAACCAACAUAAAUACAAUUAAUUACAAUAAUUAUAACAACUUUCAGGUAUGAACAAUUAAAUUAUGACUAGUCAUAAAAUAAUUUAAGAUAUCUCACUUUUUAUUCUGAUUAGUCAUAAGUCUAUCUAAAGAUAUCUAAUAACACAAAUAUUAAAAAUAUCAUAAAUGUAUUUUUAGAUGGGAGAUAUUUGACUGAUGCAAAUGAAACUGAAAGCAAAUAAUGUGUCUCAAUGUCCCAGAAAAAACAAGGACAUUUAUGAGCUCCAAAAGUCGGAAAAGUAGCUAUAAAAAAAACUCAGAAAUGUUUAGAUCAAUCUCAGAAAGUUUCAAGAAAUUUAAAUAUUAAUGUUCAGACAUUUUAUACUUUUACAUCUCAGAUGUUUCCAAGAUUAUUACAAAAAACCUGAAAUUAAUCUCAAAACUUUUGAGUUUUUUCUGGCAAAUUUUUAACUUUUCAAGCUCAGAAAUUUCCGUAUUUUUCCUAGAAAGCUUCCAAGAUUAAUCCGGAAAUUUACGCUUCUGUUUUACAGUGUAGCACAAAGGGGCCAUUCUUAAUUCAGAUAUGUAAAAAUUUUAUUUUUAAUUAUGUUCAAGAUGCAGUAUCUUGAAUUGUAAUUACAAAUAAAUGACAAACCCAGUGACAUAACUUGAGGUACUUUGAAAGGAAUUGAAAAAUAUAAUUGAAUAUAUCUUGAAUUAUUGUCGUCAGAAUUUCAGUUUAGUCAAAAUGCAUUUUUAGGUACCUGGAUUCUAAUUACCGAUAGUCAGACGAAACUGAUUUUAUGCUAAAACUGCCUGCCAUACUUUAAGACACCUGGCUUAAAGGAGGAAAUCACCUGAGCUGCUGAUGUAUUUCUGUUGAUUGGCGAUAAAAACAAGGAAAUAUGAGUCUGGGAUCUCCCAGCAGCUUUAUUACUUUGAAUCAAACCGAAACCUGUUGUCAUUUUUUAUUGGCUCGUCCUGAAUCAUAAGGCGUUUCCAUAGAAACGUGUAGCGGGAAGAUGUGACUCACAACAUAUCCAACAAAAUAAAAAAAGUGUACAGAUUAAUUUAUCCUUCACCACAAAGUGUGUUUGCAGUAUUCGUCCCAAAAAAAAAACAGAAACCAUCUGAGCCAUAUUCAGUAGAAUAUAAAGAUGUUUAUUUUUGUUUUUAUUUCAUUUUUUACAUUUCUCUGUUUGUUGUUUACAUUACAUUAAUGUUUAACACAGUCGAGCAUUUAGCACCGAGGAGUAUUGAAUGUGCAAUGUCGAGUUGGAGUUUCAUUUCUUUUGUACUUUAGAGAAAUUAAACAACUUUACAAGGUUUUCUGUGAAAUUCACUAAAAUGUUCAGGAAGUUUCGUGUAUAUUUUUAUUUACUUUAGUUUCUAGAUUCCUCCUUAAAUUAGCCUUAUUUUGAUCCAAAUAAUUUAAAGAAAAGAUCUAAUCUGAAAGCCACGAUGAUUUUAUUUAACUUAAUUGAAAGGUUCAAAGUUUUAUUGUUUUCAUGUGAUUAAAAGUUACAUUUAUUGGCAGUCCUGGUAGAAAGCCUUAAAUAUCAUUCAUUGCAGCAGCAUAAAUUGAAAUUUUAUGUUUUGUUCAAUAAUAUUCCACACAGCCGGAGCAAAAACAUAUACAUUUUUGUUAACUUUUUAAUAUGUUUGUUAUAAAUUGGGUUGAAUAAUUACUUUCUUAAAAUGUCCUUAUUUAUGAAAAUUCAAAUGGCAUGAAUUUGUCAUAUAUUUUUAUCCAAAGCCAACAUUUGCUUCAAACUAAAACGUUUUCUAAUUUGUAAUAUUUGUUUUCUCUACUGAAUAAAUGUACUCAAAUUAAAAGGUGGACUUUUGUGCUGCUGUUUUGAAAAGAUUUUUUUUCAAUUUGAAAAAUUUUUAAAUGUUUUUUUAAUAAUAAAAAAUGGUAAAUGCUGUUUUUUUUUUUUAAACUGAGACACUUUCUAAUUGCCAAUGCUAAUGAUCAGAAUCUGCAGCAGCAUUAUUUUUGAUGACAUUCCUGAAUCAGACUCUUCUGUCUUCCUCAUCACAUUCUGCAACUUUUACCGGAAACUUUCUGAACUAAAUUUACUUUUGGAUGACGACAAACGUUUGUUGCAAAAUGCAGGACUCCUGCGAUGGCUUUGGCUGUCCGGUUUCCAACUCAGAGCGCUUCCUUUUGGGAUUAUAGAGAAAUUGAUUUUAUGUGAAUGAUUCUAAGAGGUGACUGUGUGAAAAGGUCCAGCCUGUUCUGAACGACACAAACACAUCUCACUUGUGCAUGACGUUUUCUUACCUCUUUUGGGUCCGUUUUCUGGUUAAUGACAUAAAAAAAAUGGCAUUAUUGUUGUUUAAAGUAUUACAUCAUUCUAGUUUUGAAAAUUAUACCUGAGUUUCCUUCAAGUUUGGGCAUGUUUUGGCAGUAUUUUUCUUCUGCUUUUACAUUUCAUUUUCCUGCUGCUGAGAUUACUUGAGGUUUAUUUAAAGAACUGGUGAUUCUUUUUGUUUCUGACCUCAGUUGCUGUUUGAGUGAAUGUUGGAGGAAAGUUGGUGAUUUCCUCAUUGAUCUGCAACAAAAGUGCUUGUCAUUGGACAUCUAGAUGUAGAAGGGGCUCCGCACUUCUUGAUUUCUGUGUUUAAUUCUACAACAAGGAGCCGACUGAAAACCACUAAUGUAUCGAAGUUAUGCGGUUUAGUACGUGUACAGUAUAUAUGUAAAGAUGGUCAUUACAGUACAAAGUCCAUAUUUUGUCAAAUAAAGUACAUCAAAUUUA